AGAGUGCGCGCUGGAUGGAGCGCGCCGGGGUCGCCGUCUCGGGGGCGCAGCGCUCGCCUCUCCGCGGCUGCCUGCUUCCUUGCAGCGGAAACGAGGUACGUGGCUCGGAUGCGCGCACGCGUUGUCUGGAGGGGCGAGCUACCGGAUUUUUAUUUUUUUAAGGGUUUGCGGGGAGUGGAGAAACCUCCUGCUACCUUUUAACUAUGCAUAUUCAUCUGGCCUGAAUUAAACUCUCAGCAACCGGGGAUCAUCAUGCAUAGCAGAAAAAAGGGGGGGGGGGAGCCGUGCAUUUCCCGGUGCUGCAAGAAACUGAAGCCCGGGCUGGCUGUUUGCAUGGCGCUGCCUGCAGUAGCUGUCUAGCGCCAAGGUGCAGCACUUUGGUCUGUCUGGGAGCUCUGAUGGUGCGCUUCUCUACCCUGCCGGUUUUCUUGGCAGUAGCCUGUCUCUCUUGAUAGGCAUUUUUCCAAAUACUCCUCCACCACCACUAAAUCGGGGGGUGGGGGGUGUUCUGAGUUGCACCGAUCUCUGCAAAAUGCUACGGUAAGCGAGGUGCAGGGAAGGAAGCUAAACGUAUUAUGUAACUAGCCGGCACUUAGUUUUCUGCCUCAUCAUCUUUUCUUUUCUCUUUUUAAAAUUACACUUCAGCAUGUGCAGCGUAGAAAAGAACGGUCAGAGCUGGUAAGGAAACACGGCUUGUAUGCAGGGUCCUUAUGAAGGGAUAUGGUCAAAAAUUUUAAUGAGAGCGGGAACUUCGCUAAAAUGAUGGCUCAGUUGGAAAGUCAACAGUCCUUUGUGGGGAAACCCUGUUUUUUUAUUGCAGUGGUUUUUUCCCUCCUUCCUUGGAAGUUUUCAAGCAGAGGUUGGAUGGCCCUCUGUCAUGGAUGCUUUGGUUGAGAUUCCUGCAUUGCAGGGGGGUUGGACCAGAAUGACCCUCGGGGUCCCUUUGCAACUCUGCAAUUCUAUUUUUCUGAGUUGGAUAGGCAGAGUCCCCUUCAUUCAAGACCAUUCCCAGGCCAUUCUGCUGCAAGGUGGUUGUCCGCAGAAGGGUGACACACCCACCCCGCUGCCCCCUGAAGCAUGGCUCAAAAACAGACCCAGUUCGCCUCCUGAAGGAAUUCCUAAUUGAGGAGGUGAAUCAGGGUCACAGAAGGAUCUUGCCCCUUCUGGGGGUUCCAGACAUGCCUCACUACUAAAGAGAAGGCUAUCGCUCCAACGGUUGCUCUCUGCCUUCAGUGUCGGAGGUAGUAUUGCUCCUGAAUACCAUUUGCUGGAAACCACAGAACGGGAGAGUGACCUCGUGACUGAAGGUUUCCCUCAGGCAUCUGGGUAGUUGCUGUGAGAACAGGAUCCUGCACUAGAUCAGGCUUCCUCAACCUUGGCCCUCCAGAUGUUUUGAGACUACAGUUCCCAGCAUCCCUGACCACUGGUCCUGCUAGCUAGGGAUCAUGGGAAUUGUAGGCCAAAAACAUCUGGAGGGCAGAGGUUGAGGAAGCCUGCACUAGAUAAUCGGCCUUCUGGUCUGGUGCCUGGUUUAUACCUCACCUGAUCCACGAUUUCAAAAGAUCCUUUGCACCUGGGCGUGAACUUGAGAUGUUGACUUUGAACUAAGUGCAUAGAGGAUUGUUCAGUACAGUGGUACCUCAGGAUAAGAACUUAAUUCGUUCUGGAGGUCCGUUCUUAACCUGAAACUGUUCUUAACCUGAGGUACCACUAUAGCUAAUGGGGCCUCCCGCUGCUGCUGCGCCGCCAGAGCACGAUUUCUGUUCUCAUCCUGAAGCAAAGUUCUUAACCCGAGGUACUAUUUCUGGGUGAGCGGAGUCUGUAACCUGAAGCAUCUGUAACCUGAAGCGUCUAUAACCCAAGGUACCACUGUAUGGUGCUAAUGGUUGUGUAUUGUUGUACCGCAUGUUGUCUUCAUGGCGGUUUGCCCAAAGGAAGCUAUUUGUCGGCGUGUCUGGGUGGCUCUUACUUUGGGCAUCUGAUGUACAGCUUCAUUGCAGAGCAAAUAAUUCACCUCUGGUAUCUCACAGCCAAAUUGCCCUAGAAUCAUAGAACUGUAGAGUUGGGAGGGACCCCCAAGGGUAAUCUAGUCCAACCCCCUCGCAAUGCAGGAAUCGCAGCUUAAGCAUCCAUAAUGGCAGCAGAGCCCAUCUCUCCUAAAUGUAGGUCUCUCCCAAUUACCUAUGAAACGAGGCCAGGGAUCCUUUUAUUUUAUUAUAAAUAAUAUUUCUAAGGAGAUCAAACAAAACCUUCUGGCAUCAUGGUAUAAGACGACAAAGAGCAAAAAUGGCGGGGGGGACACAACACAUAGACAUAGUAGCUCAGUCAGUGGAGCAUGAGACUCUGAAUCUCAGGGUCAUGCAUUUAAGCCCACAUUGUCAAACUUUGAUGACCCUAGUGAUCUCUUCCAGUUCUUCGAUACUGUGAGUCUGAUACAUAAGCAAUUAGGAAAAGUUUUUUACAAAAAUAAAAUAAAAUUGUAACAUAGAAAAAUAAGUGACCACACAAUACCUUGAUAUUUAUUAUUCUGGACACAGAGAUAAAGAUUUUUCUGUGCUUUCUCAAAUUAGCUUUCCUUGCUGUUUGUUAUGCUUCUUGAGCCAAACUGAAGAGGAAUAAAUUCUGAGAGUGAAAGGAAUGUGUAGGUCAGAAGUUCUGAGUCUUCCUAACUUACCCACGGCUUAGAGGCUCGCUCUCUGUUUGAUGAGGCACUUUUCCCCCACUGGAGUUCACUUCAAAGGUUGGAGCCUAACCGAGAAGAAAAUGAUUACUGGGAAAUAGACUGUGGAGAGAGGUAAGCCUCAAAUGGAUGAGGGAUUUUUGAGGGGAAAUUUACUGAGACCUUUCAUGAAUGCCACAGGAGUUCUGUGUGGGCACCAAGUUGGGAACCCCUGGGUUAAGCAGUUACCUCUCUCCCCCCGCCUCCAAUAACUGCUACACUCUUUACUGAACACACUUUUCCUCAAGUUUAUAUAAUAUAUAGGUUCUUAAAUCUCAGGAGAAUUGCCUCAUCUGAAAAACAACAACGAUAAUAAUAAUGCAUCAUUUUGAUGUUUUUGUCUUUCUGUUUAUUUCAUAUUUUAGUGUGUCCUGUCUAUUUAUUGACCAGAUUUCCAGAGUUUUGAAACCUUUCCAUUUUUGGUGCUCAUAACUUUGCUUCUUUCUCUCUUUCUGCCGCCCCAAGUUCUUAAUAUUUUUACAAAACAGCUGAGCCUCUCUGGGGCAAUACCAGAUGGAACAGCUGCUUCCUACUCCUGUUUGAAAUGGAUCUCUCUAAAACUUCUUCCAGCUCGGCGUCAUCUCUUAAAAUGCCUUUAGUUAAAAAAAUAGAUCCUUGACUUCCUUAGCCUAGUAACCUAGCUGAACCAAGCAGGCUGGCGUCUUAACUCACUGCACCAAUGAUUCCACCAAGAUUCUGCACAGCAUUUGGGUAAAUCUGUGCUUCAGACAUAGGCCAGUUUAAGAGCUGUUCUUUCUCCUAAGGAUUCCUGGGAACUGUCAUUGCAGGGUGUGGUGCAGUUCUGGCCUGCCCUCAGCCUUUCUCUCCAAAAACGUACAGUUCAGUCAGCUUCUGUUUCCUAAGGAUGGGCAGACCAUGUAGUCCAAUGCACCAUCUUAGCAUCUCUCAGGGAAGCCUUGCAAAUCUGGCACUAGUUAUCACCAUGACAGCCCACCUCCUCCACAACUUUACAAAAAUUAUCCUUUCCUGAAGUAGAUCUCAAUCACUAGCAUGGUCUAGUUAUCUCCCGCUUGGACUACUGCAAUGCGCUCUACGUGGGGCUACCUUUGAAAGUGACCCGGAAACUACAACUAAUCCAGAAUGCGGCAGCUAGACUGGUGACUGGGAGCGGCGCCGGGACCAUAUAACAACGGUCCUGAAAGACCUACAUUGGCUCCCAGUACAAUUCAAAGUGUUGCUGCUGACCUUUAAAGCCCUAAACAGCCUCAGCCCAGUAUACCUGAAGGAGCGUCUCCACCUCCAUCAUUCAGCCCAGACACAGGUCCAGCUCAAAGGGCCUUCUGGUGGUUCCCUCACUAUGAGAAGUGAGGUUACAGGGAACCAGGCAGACGGCCUUCUCAGUAGUGGUGCCCACCCUGUGGAACACCCUCCUGUCAGAUUUUAAGGAAAUAAACGACUAUCCGACUUUUAGAAGACAUCUGAAGGCAGCCCUGUUUAGGGAAGUUUUUAAUGUUUGGUGUUUUAUUCCGUUUUUAAUCUUUUGGGAGCCACCCAGAGUGGCUGGGGAAACCCAGCCAGAUGGGCAGAGUAGAAAUAAAUUAUUAUUAUUAUUAUUAUUAUUAUUAUUAUUAUUAUUAUUAUAUCAUUGGAAGCUGCCUGGGCACAAAGGGGCACACACCCUCAUCUUGCAACUGACACCAGAGGUUUCUCAAUUUCAGACGAGACCAUUAAGAGUAAAUUUUCCUAUGCUAACUUUUGCCCAGUGUAGGGUCAGAUGUGUCAGGAGCUCAUCCUACACUUGAGUAGGACCCUGGCAGAGACACAUGCCCAACUGGCAUGUUCUCUCCCUCCUGGUCGUUUGUUCGGGAGCGUCGAUAGCUUUCUUCAGCCCGAACAUCACAGCGACCGAUGCCAACAGACAUCGGCACACUUAGGGAUCCACAGAGUCUUUGCAGUUGCAGCUUGCGUAACGGACCUCAGCAACUCAGCAUUUUGGCUAAUCUACUUUAUUUACAUAUAAACAUACACGGAGCACUGCAACAUGUCUCCCUCUCUCUGGCGCAUCAGACAGCAAAGAGAGCAAACAAAGGACAAUAGUCCCACUUCACAGAACACAGUAAAACAAACAUCCUGUCUCUGUCACUUCCCACUUUGUGGAGUCAAAACAUACACUGUCAUGAGAAAGACAACAAUCCCAUGACUGCAAUCACGGAGCAAGAAUUCUAACAAGAUGCACGUUCUGAUUUACUGCUUUAUUUUCAUUUUGAUUGCGCAGACUUGGUGUUUCUCCCCGUUACCACAUUUUCAAGACACCUUUAAAAUCACCUGCUUAAUUGGAUACUGAUUUUUGGACACACUCAAGGUUUGGUGGUUCCCCUGUUUUGCUUACAUCGUUUGGGUUAGACUACUAAUACUUGAUAAAGUGGCCAGAAAAGGACACAGACUGUAGUUGUCAAGGAGGAGACUUGAAUUUCUCCCUUUUUACCUACUCCUGAGUAGACCACUGAAAGGGCAUUCUUCCCCCAUCAUACUCUGAGAAGCUUGAGACUGAACCAGGGACUUCCUGUGCAAGCAUUCAGGCAUCAUUCUUUCUCAGCCCUACGCCCAAGGAUUGAACCUGGGACCUUUUGCAUGCGAAGCAGAUUCUUUAUUUAUCUAGACAAUUUAUAUACCGCUUAAUUACGUCUGUCUCUAAGGGGUGUAUAGGAGGAUCAGUACAAUGGAACUGAAACGUGUCAAAUCAAUGAAAUCAGUAUUCCAUUUAAAAGCCUGCUGGGAUGCCAAGGUCUUCCAUGGGCAUUUGACAUGCAAUAGGAAGGAACCUGUCUGAUCUCAUCUGGAAGGGAGUUUUGUAAAAUUGGGCCCACAAUACUGAACAUACAGUAGCUGGUGGCUAUAAGCCACGAGGGAGCACUACCAGUGACUCCCUUGAAAAUCCCAGGGAUCUGGUAGAACAAUAAUGGAUCAGGUGGUUCCUAAGGUAUCCUGGACCCAGGUUGUUCAGGGCCUGAUAAACUUCUGUAUUGUGACGUUUUUAAUGUUUGAAGUUUUAUUCUGUUUUUAAUGUUCUGUUGAAAGCCGCCCAGAGUGGCUGGGGCAGCAUAGCCAGAUGGGUGGGGUAUGAUAAUAAGAAUAAUGCAAGAACGUUGGACAGAUGGGUGGGGUGUAAAUAAUAAAAUUAUUAUUAUUAUUACAGGGGUACCUUGGGUUACAGACGCUUCAGGUUACAGACUCCGCUAAUCCAGAAAUAGUACCUCGGGUUAAGAACUUUGCUUCAGGAUGAGAACAGAAAUUGUGUGGCGGCAGCAGGAGGCCCCAUUAGCUAAAGUGGUACCUCAGGUUAAGAACAGUUUCAGGUUAAGAACGGACCUCCAGAACGAAUUAAGUUCUUAACCUGAGGUACCACUGUAUUAUUAUUAUGCAAGAACGUAGGGCAGAUUCAUUCCUACUGAGCUAUAACUGAUUGCACGUUGAACACUGCAGGUAAACUUAUUGUGGGAAGCCAUCCACUUAAAUAAGCCAAGAUUGUGAGACCCACCCUUGCCUGACUGGUCCUUGUUUCUGGAAGUGUUCUGGUCUCAUCCAGCCCAGUUGCACUUCUACUUUAGGGUGCUUCCCCUCCCCCCUAGGCUUUGUUUUCUAAUUUCCCCCCAAGUUGCCAGUUUGCUUCAAAUAUGCGCUAUUCUCCCUUGGUUACGAUGGAUCGCUCGCUAAUUUACCACCGAGGUCGUGUCUCCUUUUCAAGUGAGGGAUUGCCAUGGUGACACCUAGACGGAUAUGAAUGCUGUUUCCUUGCCUGAAGAGAUCCAAGUCAACCAGCUAAUGGAGCCCCGCUGAAGCCUUGCGUGGGGGAGAAUGGCAUGCACAGCUCUGUGCCAUUCACAAAGAGCUACCUUGCUGCGACAGUUCAUUGAUCAGAGAUAGCCCUUAUCGCAAGGUUCAAUUUGGAAGCCUUGCUUUUGUCCAAUAUUUAACAAAGCACAUUUAUUUAAAGACCAAUGUUUCGUUUCAACGGGAAGCAUUUGGAACUGUCAGGUUAAGUGGCUCAUUUAAAUAUUGCCCAUGCAUCUCUGUCGUGUCAAUUACUUUUUUUAAAAAAAAAAUGGGGCAAUUUUUCACUACCAGGCCUGACAGGCAGCGGGUUACAAUGACAACAGAUCAGGGGGUAGGUUGUUCCACGACAUCCUUUUUGAAACUUCUUUCUCUAUUAUUAUUAUUAUUAUUAUUAUUAUUAUUAUUUCAGAGCAAACUCAGGGAAAUAUUUAAUGGGGAGGAACCAAUGUAUCUUUUGUUGGGAAUAAAUUAAAGCAAACUUCUGGAAGAACAAAUCAGAUGGUGAGGUAUGAUGAUGAUGAUGUGAACAGGCUUUACAGUGGUACCUCAGGUUAAGUACUUAAUUCGUUCCGGAGGUCCGUUCUUAACCUGAAACUGUUCUUAACCUGAAACACCACUUUAGCUAAUGGGGCCUCCCGCUGCCACCGUGCUGCCAGAGCACGAUUUCUGUUCUCAUCCUGAAGCAAAGUUCUUAGCCUGAGGUACUAUUUUUGGGUUAGUGGAGUCUGUAACCUGAAGCGUAUGUAACCUGAAGCGUAUGUAACCUGAGGUACCACUAUAUUUUAUAUUUAUUUCACAACUACUUUAGAUCCUGGGUCCAGAUCCAAGAGUUAAUGUUCUGAUACCUCAGGAGGUUGGCGGUGGGGAGUUAAACCAAAAACCUUGAUAUUGCAGAUGGUGAACUGCUAGCCUGCAGGCCGGAUGUAGCUCAUUGCAUCUUUGGGUCAGGCUUCUACCUCCACAGCUGCACCCAGCCACUGUGCAUGGUUGCUGCAUGAGGCAAGUUUUACGAGGCUGACAGCACAUGGAGGGGAGAGUUAACACUGAACAAGAACUGCAGGAAGCAGGACCCAGACUCAGCAGUUGUUCUGAAGGGCUAGCUCAACAUUCCUCAAAUCUGCCUGUGGAUGAAGGCAAGAAUCAGUUGACCCUUGAUUAUUUUGCUGAAUCAGGAGCUGGGCACCUUUGCCCUCCAGCGGUUGCUGAACUGCGGCAGCUAUCAGCCCUCAAAAGCGUGGCCAGUGGCUAGGGAUGAUGGGAGUUGUGGUCCAGCAACCUCUGGAGGACCAAAGGUCCCUCAUUCCUGGGUGGAAUCAACCCACCUGAGCAAACCCAAACCUGCAGGAGAAUGCACUGACCAUCACCCCCUUGCAGUGUUGGAAGGGUUACAUAUGAGUUGCAUUUGUGUGUGUUAACUUCUUAAUCGUACCAGAGCAAUAUUGGAGGGGCAGGGGCAAGGGAUUUGGAGCAAACAUGUACUUUAAGGCAGCCUAGGACCCUACAAGAAAACUUGCUCGGGCCUAGGAAAGAAGGGGAACUGCUUGUUUACUGCUUGUGGAGAGAACAUUGUGCAGAAAAAGAACAUCUUGUUAUUGCUGAGCUGAUGGUUCUGGAGAAGGGGACACUGCUGUUCCAAGGCACUUUUUCCUGCUUUUGUUACUUCCAAUUUCUGAUGUUCCGAAUUGCAUUACUGAAUGGACUGCAUUACUUGAGCGGCCGCAAUACAGUUAUGUGUAUAAGUGUUUCAGCUGGUUUGUAUUUAUUGACAGGUAGGUCGCCGUGUUGGUCUGCCGUAGUCGAAACAAAAUGAAAAAAUUCCUUCCAGUAGCACCUUAGAGACCAACUAAGUUUGUUAUUGCUAUGAGCUUUCGUGUGCAUGCACACUUCUUCAGAUACCUGAUGCAUGCACACGAAAGCUCAUAGCAAUAACAAAUUUAGUUGGUCUCUAAGGUGCUACUAUGGGACGCGGGUGGUGCUGUGGGUUAAACCACAGAGCCUAGGACUUGCUGAUCAGAAGGUCGACGGUUUGAAUCCCCGCGACAGGGUGAGCUCCCGUUGCUCGGUCCCUGCUCCUGCCAACCUAGCAGUUCGAAAGCACGUCAAAGUGCAAGUAAAUAAAUAGGUACCGCUCCAGUGGGAAGGUAAACGGUGUUUCCAUGCGCUGCUCUGGCUCGCCAGAAGCGGCUUAGUCAUGCUGGCCACAUGACCCGGAAGCUGUACGCCGGCUCCCUUGGCCAAUAAAGCGAGAUGAGCGCCGCAACCCCACAGUAGGCCACGGCAACCUAAUGGUCAGGGGUCCUUAAGGUGCUACUGGAAGGAUUUUUUUUAUUUUGUAUUUAUUUGUUACACCUAGGGCAGCCAUAUGUGCGUGUUUAAUUCACGUGCCUGCUUUGUUCACAUACAGAGAGGGAAAUACAUUCUCUACAACAGGAGUGAGGAACUUGUGGCUCCCCUAGGUUGUUGAACUCCCAUUGGACCCAGCCAGAAUGGCCAAGGGUCAGGCAUAAAGGAAGUUGUACUCCAGCAAAGAUCUGGCUGGUCACAGGCCACCAGACCCUGCUCUACAUGAAAGAGAGCAAAACAUGCUCCCUUCUUCAUCUUAGGUUGCUCCAUGCUGCUAUUUUAAGCAUAUAUAUUUUUCGCAGGCUGAUUCCUGUAUCAGAGAAAGUCCUGUCCCAGCAAGGGGAUUGGCUUCUGAAUACAGAGUGGGAUCAGCAGUUAGAGCAGCAUUCAGGCCUCUGGUACAGAGUGUGUUCGCUGUAGCCGUCAGCAGCCAUGAAACCUGAUCCCACAGUAAUGAAACUAAUAUAAUUGGCACACUGUGGUGGUAAUCACAAGGUGCCAAUAUUUUUCAGAUAAUGCUGAACCAUAUUACAACUCGGAAGCUUGCUUUUGCGUCAUGUUUGUCCAUGCAAUUUUGAUUUGAAUAUUUCAAUAAGAUCGUUUAGAAAUACUAUAAACAAAAAGGUUUUAAGGUUCGUGCCGGAAGGAAGCUAUUAAAUGGCCAGGCAACCAGUUUUCAAGGUUUUCCCAGUCACUGAAUAAGUGGCUUACCAAAGUAAAAGAUCUAAAUGUAAGUUUUAAUAUAGAAGUUAGCUGUUGUAAACCAAGAAGUGGCACUUUGUUGUAUGAUACAGUGGUACCUUGGGUUACAUACGCUUCAGGUUACAUACACUUCAGGUUACAGACUCUGCUAACCCAGAAAUAGUACCUCGGGUUAAGAACUUUGCUUCAGGAUGAGAACAGAAAUCACACAGCGACGGCGUGGCAGCAGCAGGCGUCCCCAUUAGCUAAAGUGGUGCUUCAGGUUAAGAACAGUUUCGGGUUAAGAACGGACCUCCGGAACGAAUUAAGUACUUAACCCGAGGUACCACUGUACUGAGUAUUCAGUACCUUGCCCAUACUUUUUCAAUGGAAAGGAAACCAUCAAUGUAGACAUAUUACUAAAAAACCAAUAGAUGAGUUACCACCAUAUUUCUUUUUUCUGAUUUUCCAGAGCCACGUCUCUCUGAAGAUACACACUUGAUAAUGGCCACGCUUCUAGAAGAAGAAGAAGAAGAGUUUGGAUUUGAUAUCCCGCCUUUCACUCCCCUUCAGGAGUCUCAAAGUGGCUAACAUUCUCCUUUCCCUUCCUCCCCCACAACAAACACUCUGUGAGGUGAGUAGGGCUGAGAGACUUCAAAGAAGUGUGACUGGCCCAAGGUCACCCAGCAGCUGCAUGUGGAGGAGCGGGGAAUCGAACCCGGUUCCCCAGAUUACGAGACUACCGCUCUUAACCACUACACCACACUGGCUCUAUUUGGGAGCUGCAGAAGCCCAUGCUUCUUUAAAAUUGCUGCAAUCUGCUUUGCCAACGCUUGCUGAAGAAACAUUUUUUCAGACUGACUUAGCCACAGACUAACACCUGCUUUGAGUUUGUAUGGCUGAUAAGAUGGGAAAAUGGCAGCCGCCAUUGAGUUAGCAGGAAGAGAGUUUGGCAUCUCGGAUGCCGGUGUUUUGCACUGUGAUGGCAUGCAACCAGACUCCUGCAGACUUCGUUGUCGCUCUGAAUGUAAGCAGCUGGCUCACAGACCCCAGUUACACAGUGCUCCCUACCCCGCUCAGGAUACUGCUGGCCAUUAUCAUGCUAUUCAUGAUUGCUGUUGGAUUUUUGGGCAAUGCUGUCGUCUGCCUGAUCGUCUACCAGAAACCAGCCAUGCGUUCGGCGAUCAACCUGCUUUUAGCUACCUUGGCUUUCUCGGAUAUCAUGCUGUCGUUGUUCUGCAUGCCUUUCACCGCCGUCACUAUUCUGACGGUGAGCUGGAACUUUGGGGCUCGCUUCUGCCGAAUAUCUGCCAUGCUGUACUGGUUCUUCGUCUUGGAAGGCGUCUCGAUACUCUUGAUCAUUAGCGUCGACCGAUUCCUCAUCAUCGUCCAGCGCCAAGACAAACUCAACCCCCAGCGCGCCAAAGUCAUGAUUGCGGUUUCUUGGGCCUUUUCCUUCUGCAUCUCUUUCCCUUCGGUGGUUGGGUGGAUGUUCAUAGAAGUCCCGAGCCGCGCUCCUCAGUGUGUCCUGGGCUACACAGAAUGCCCUGCAGACCGAGCCUACGCCGUGAUGCUUCUUGUGACUGCAUUCUUCGUCCCGUUCAGCAUCAUGCUGUACUCUUACCUCUGCAUCCUGAACACUGUCCGUCGCAACACCGUCAGAAUCCACAACCACGCCGAGAGCGUCUGCUUGAGUCAGGGGAGCAAACUAGGCCUCACCGGGCUGCAGAAGCCUCACCAGGUGAACGUCGACAUGAGCUUCAAGACCAGGGCCUUCACGACUAUCCUCAUCCUUUUCGUCGGCUUCUCUCUGUGCUGGCUUCCGCACACGGUGUUUAGCCUGAUGUCUGUGUUUAGCAGAAGUUUCUACUACAGCCCGUCUUUCUACAUCACCAGUACCUGUGUGUUGUGGCUGAGUUACCUCAAAUCCGUAUUCAACCCUGUCAUCUAUUGUUGGAGGAUCAAGAAGUUCCGCGAGGCCUGUCUGGAGUUCAUGCCAAAAACAUUCAAGAUCUUCCCCAAAGUGCCUGGACGAACAAAACGGAGAAUAAGGCCAAGCACAAUAUAUGUCUGUAGCGAGCACCAAUCCGCAGUUUAGGAACCGCAAAAAAAAUAAUACUAAGCAGCUUGUAUCUUCCGUCACUGCCCUCACAGCACCAUGCUGUUUUCUUUAAUGUGUUGAUUGUAACCCAGAAAACUUAGGGAGUUUUGUUCUUGUUAUCCAUUAAAUUGAAGCACUUCCCACACUAGUCUCAUUGUCAGGUUAAACAAGUGUUGUAGUCUAACCAAAUACACUGCCAAAUAAAAUAUACUGCCUGUAUUUUCUUCUAUUUAGGAAAAAGCAUCACCAACAGCCAAGCGCACACAGUGAAAUAAUCGGUAUCGGAUUUUAGCUCCAUGACUCCCCAUUAUGUUAUUUAGGUUUGUCCUGCGAAGAGCAACACAUGGCAACAAAUCGGCAGUGUGAAGCCCGACAAAACACAAUGAGGC